AUGGAGAGAUCUUUAGACAUUUCUAUAAAUAACAUUUCAAAGAUCGAACAGUUUGAUUUCAAAGAUGUAUCAGUCGUCACAUUCUUGAACCUGUCCUCUAAUGUGAUCUCUCACGUUGAAGACAGAGCUUUCCUGCACCUUGUGAACCCUGCAGGGACUGGACCUGAGUUAUAACCUACUCACCACCAUCUCAGUUGUGAUGGGUGAUUUGAAGGAGUCAGGCGCAGGAGGGUAAAUCACAGAAUAACAGGAUUUAUUCCGGAAUACAGAGUUACGCAGGAUAGCGUCAAACAGUCCAGUGCGCAAAACAGGCGCACUGGAACCAAACAGGCACACGGGGAAAAUAUACCCCGGCAAUACAAAAUACACGGAGCUCAACCGAGCUACUCUCUCCUCACAUUAAACAAUCACCCACAAGGACAAGGGGCAAGACAAAACUAAUGGAAUGAUGAUGAGAAUCUCCCCCAGUCUAAAUAUCUUAGAUCUCAGCUUCAAUAACAUCAAUACUCUGGAUUGCUCAGAUUUUGCCAAUCUUACAGGACCCAUACAACUCGUUCUUUAACACAAUAAGAUGUGUCUUCCAGGAUUUUGAAGGCCUUAAAGAGGAAAUCGCAUCCUGA